AUGCUCUUGGGGGCAGCGGCCUCCACGCAGUCGGUGCGGACACGGUCACGAGACCCCAAACUGCCAACAGGCGUCCCACGAUUGAAGAAGAAGGGCCGUGCAGCCACCACCGAGUCAGCGAUGGCAAGGCGGGCGCCUGGGCCGAGACCCGGUCCACGGAAUCGUCAAACUGCGGGGCGAGAACCGGAAGCCGUUACGGAGCCUUGGAAGAGAGCCCGUCUUGGGGCGAAACCCCAGGAGCGGCGCAGGGGCAGCCUUCGGGAGCCCGUCCGACGGCCCAGGCCCUCCGGGAGCUGCACGCGCCGUCGCCUGCGGGGGGCGCACCGCUCCCCGACACGCUCCCCGGGACCGCCGCGGGGGCUCAGGCGGCCUGAGGCAGGUCCCGCGGCGACACAGCCCCGGCAGCCAGGCCACCCGCGCCGCUCUCCUCCCGGCGCUCUCCUCUCCCGCCACGAGGUGGCCGGGCAUCGCGAGAUCCCACGGGUUCCCACGAGUUCCCACGAGACCCCGCGAGAUUGCGCUUUCUCCCGGAAGAGGGCUUGCUGCCGCCCUUCCGGCCCCUGGCGGCCCCUCCUCUUCCGGCCACGCCGCGUCCGCCUGCUCUCACGUCACUCGUACCUCUGCCGAGCCGCAGGUGCAGCCCUGACCGCUGCCCCGCGAGACGCCGCGCCACGCACGACCCAGGAUAGAAGUACUUUGAAGACUAGGAAACUGAAAAUCCUUUUGGAGGCAAAAUUAAUGACAUGGAGACUGCUGCUUUCAGAAGUGAAGCCCUGCGUCAAAUAGGAGUUACUGACAAGACGUGAAGGCUGUUCCAAUCUGAGACAAGAGGAACACUGGCUGGAAAAGCCCCAUUUCCAGAAUUCAGGAUCUUCAUUUCUCUAUCCUCGUUUUCCUACCUCUGCAACAGCCAAAGAAGACUACAGGAAGUCUGCAACACCUUGAGAUUAUUUGCUCUGACAAUGACCUCAGCUACAGGAAAUACACAUAUCUGGAGGUUCUCUGAAAGAUGUGGUUGCACUUUUUUAAAAGAUAUAUUCCAUCCACUUACCCAGGUCCCUCCAUUGCCUACUUACUUCCUCCUUCUCCGGUGCUUCUCCUUUCUUUACGUAGAUCUGAGUUUCUGGUCUAUAUCGCUUUCUUUCUCUCUAAAGAACAGUGAACAUUUCUUGCAGGCCAGUUCUGUUGCUAACAAAUUCCCUUAACUUUUGUUAGUCUGAGAAAGUCUUUACUACUCCUUCACUUUCGAAGGAUAACUUCACAGGGUGCACAAUUCUAUGUUGGUUGGAGGGUUUUCUCUCAACAUCUUCAGUGUAUUUCAUCCAAUUUUCUACUUGCAUGAUUUCUGAGGAAAAGCUGAGGGUAGUUCUUACCUUUGCUCCCCUGUAGGAAACAUGUUUUCUUCCUUCUGUCUUCCUUAAGGAUACUUAAUUUAUGUUUGAUUUCUUUUUUUUUUAAGAUUUAUUUAUUUAUUCA